AUGCAACUUUUCAAAUGCAAUUCUUCCCUUUUCUCUCAAACCCCGGUCGAUUUUGUAAAAUUGUACAAUUACUCGUCGUCGUCGUCGUCUUUGUCGUAUUUGACGACAAACGACGACGAUUGUUCGUUACACGUCAAAAAACAAAUCGAAUCUGCAGAAUUAACGAAAGGGGUUCCUCUCAACAACGAGUACGAGAUAAUACCCUUCACUCAAUUCACACUGAAUCGAAUACAUCCGGUCGAUUUGAGUUUGGGUAAGAGAGUCGUCGAAAAGCCCAUCGGAUACAAGAGAAAAGAUUUAACGGAAACUCUAUUCAAAGCAUUGGAAAGUUUAAAUAUCGACGAUGAAAAAUUAAAAAAAACGAACAAGAGGAAAUCGUCAUCAUUGGAUAAUAAAAAUCCACGUGCGAACGUGACGAACGGGAAAAAAUAUAAACCUAAAUUUAAUAAUAAUAAUAAUAAUAAUAAUAAUAAUAAUAAAUACGGUUUGGAAGAUUUCGUCGAAGGUUUGUAUAGGAUCGAUCCGACGACGGGUACGCAAUACGAAUUGUAUUUUCGCGACAAAAAUAAUUUAAAUAAUAAUAAUAAUAAUAAUUUACCGAAUUACGUCAAAGUGAUACUCAUGCGUCCGUUCGCGGAACUCGCGAAAAUAUCCGUUACGGAUUUACCGUUCGCGAAAAGAAAAGAAUUGGUACACGUGAUACUGCCGCUGUCGGGUAGGACGAACAUGUUUCGUAGUUUCAUGGAUAAAUUCGUUAAAAUCGGUUUGAAAAACGAUAAGAGAGUGCAUUUAACCGUCGUUUAUUUCGGGGAAGAGGGUUUGUCGGAAGCGAGAAACAUAAUGUCGAAAAUCGUACAGCAAAAAGGAAAUGGAAGAAAUAGUUUGAGACUUUUAGCUCUGAACGAAACUUUUUCAAGAGCGAAAGGAUUGAGAGUCGGAGCGGAAAGAGUUUGGGAUGAUGGUGACGACGGCGGCGGCGGUGCCGACGGUGGUGGUGGUGAAAACAAGACGAAAGGGAAAAAUGUCGACGCGUUGUUAUUUAUGUGCGACGUCGACAUAAUAUUCAGUUCGAGGUUUUUGGAUAGGUGUCGGUGGAACGCGAAACCCAAAAAACAAGUUUAUUAUCCGAUCGUUUUCAGUUUGUACAAUCCGAACGUUGUGUACAAGGUUCAGGGAAAGGAAAUACCAUCGGAAACGGAUCAGUUGAUCGUGUCACGAGAUACCGGAUAUUGGAGAGAUUUCGGUUUCGGUAUGACGUGUCAAUAUCGAUCCGAUUUUUUCAACGUAAAAGGAUUUGACGAAGAUGUCGUCGGUUGGGGCGGAGAAGAUGUUAAUCUUUAUAGGAAAUACGUUAAAUCUGAUAUUAAAGUUGUUAGAGCAACGGAUCCUGGAAUUUUUCAUAUUUGGCAUCCAAAGGUUUGUUCUUCGAAUGCUGCUGGACAGCAAUUAUCUCCGGAUCAAUAUAAAUCCUGCAUACGUUCGAAAGCUUUAAACGAAGCUUCUCACGCUCAAUUAGGAUUUUUGGCUUUCAAAGAUGAAAUUACAAAAAAUUAUCAUCAUCAUCAUCAUCAUCGCGAACACGCUCAACGCGGUCGAACGUGA